CGCCCCUGUCUCCCAGAGUCUCGAGCAAAGCGGGCCACUGACGGUAUCCCGACAUAUGCUGGUUGGGAAGAUUCUUUGAGGCACCUCCCCAACUAUACACAUUGACCUCUAUGUCUUCUCUUCAGGUAUCCAAUACAGCAUCUCUUCUCUUCAGGAAUUUUGAAGCAGCAAUCACUAUGAUUCCUUGGGCACGGAGGCUUCUUCCUAGAAAUGCCACACAUUCCAUAUCUACUUCAUCAGCCGAUCAGCGAGCCAAGGACCACCAUCGGCAGCUGGAGGCCUAUGGGUACUUCCUGCCCAUCCAGACCAGGUGGCAGGACAACGACCAGUACGGCCAUGUGAACAACGCUGUGUACUACAGCUACUUCGACACUAUAAUCAACCACUACCUGCUCAGGUACUGUGGCCUGGAAACCAGCUUGCUGACAUCCCCCCUGGUGGGGUUCAUGGUGACCAAUCAGUGCAAGUACCAUACACCCAUCGGCUUCCCUCAGAUACCACUGGCUGCCCUGGCUGUGGAGAAAGUGGGUCGCUCCAGUGUGUGUUACCGACUUGCUCUGUUUCCUCCUAAACCCAGCAAGGAGCUGCUUUCAGUAACUCACCACGAUCUCAUUGAUGGUUUGUUCUUAGGCCACCCUAAGUUAGCACAGUUUGACACUCUGGCAUGUACCACAGGGUCUUCAGUCCAUGUCUUUGUGAAUCCAGCGACGAGCAAACCGGAGAGCCUUCCAGAGAACUUCAGGAACAGUCUACAGAAGCUGAUGAGUCCAGCAUAGUGUGGAUUGUCGAACACCGUCUACGGAAAUCAUCAUGUCAUAAAAUGAAGUUUAGGUUGUUCUCUGCACAUUUCCCUUCUAACUCCUUAGCAUAUAUCAUUGCCUUUAAAAUGUCUGUCAAUGCCUUAAACGUUUUUAUAACAGUUAUUGAAGCUCUUAGUGGAAUAUCUCUUUGGACCAGUCCUGUAGCCAAGUACUUUACACAGUUUAACACACAUAGCAGCUCAUAACUGUGCAAUGAGAGAGGCACCAUUCUAACCCUUUUAUGAGAAGUGCGCUGUGAGGUUUGCUGGCAGAAGGCAUCCUCCUUGUAAAACUACCAUACUCCAAACUCACACUCUUAACCUCGGCACUGAUGUCCUCUCCACCAUGCAGCCCCAACCCCAAGCCAACCCAGGGCCAUGAAGAUGGUCAUUUUCACAUGACGGCCACACACUGCCUGCAGGCCUGUUGUUACGCUGGCUUCUCCACAUCCAAUGAAAUUCUUUACUUCUUUGCCAAUAUCUUAUCAGCAGGUUACCUAUUUCCCAUGGUUUGGGUUUAUUAAUCUAAUUUGACUCAUAUCUUUAGCUUUGUUCAGUAAAUAGAUCCCUGAAUUAUUUUUUUUGUAUGUGUGUGUCUGUCAGUGUGAACUUAUGGUACUAGAAAAAUCACCUUUCCUGUCAAACCUUUGAUGUUUCUCCGCCACAUCCUUAGCCUACAUCCAUCACCUCUGUCAUGGGUGGAAGUUACCAAGUAACUGAAUAAAAUUAAUCUCUGAUGCUAUGUGAA